CAUCGCGUAGGGUAGGAAAUGCUUUGUUGUUGUCUAAUGUCUGACUGGAGAGUUACGAAGGAGGACGUGGUUUAGGGGCACUAUGAAUGAAGAGCAGUUUGUUAACAUUGACUUGAAUGAUGAUAAUGUUUGCAGCGUGUGUAAACUGGGAACAGAAAAAGAAACACUCUCGUUUUGCCACGUCUGUUUUGAGUUAAAUAUUGAAGGGGUACCAAAAUCCAAUCUUCUACAUACAAGAUCAUUAAGGGGGCACAGAGACUGCUUUGAAAAAUUCCAUUUAAUAGCAAAUCAGGACUGCCCUCGGUCAAAACUCUCCAAAAGUACCUACGCAGAAGUAAAAAGUAUCUUGAGCAAAAAAAUUAACAGGAUUAUACAGUAUGCACAAAACAAAGAUUUGGAUUCUGAUUCAGACAGCACAAAAACUUCUCAACACCAGCUUUUUAACUUCAGACAUCAGACAGACAGAAAACUGCUUCCACAAUUUGACUCCCAAGUACCCAGGUACUCUGCAAAAUGGAUAGAUGGAAGUUCUGGGAGUAUCUCAAAGUGUUCACAAAGUAUUUUGGAACAAAAAGAAUCUACUGAUUUCAGACUUGAUAUGUUGCAAGAAACAGGAGCUACAUUCUGUUGCAAGAGUGUUUUAUGGUCUAGUUGCAACCAAGCACCGAAGACAGAAAAAGCUAAAAGUGAUUCAGAUGCCAAUGCCCAAAGACAACAUCCCCGAUACAGCAGGGACGAAUUGAAUAUGAUGACUCCUGAAGAGGUAGAGCAACUGAAUGAAAAACUCCUCAAGCAAAUCCAGGAUGUUUUUGAAGAGCUGACUCGGGAAGUGCAAGAAAAGGAUUCUUUGGCCUCAGAACUGAACGUCCGCCACAGUGCUAUUGAGCAGCUGCUUAAAAACUGUUCCAAAUUACCAUGUCUACAGGUGGGAAGAGCAGGAAUGAAAUCAAAUGUCCCCAUAUAAAUGGGAUGAGGAUCUUACUAGUAUUAACUUUCC